UCAGCCUCAGGUGUUUUAGCUGACUGCAGAAGUGAGCCUCUGGUUGCUGAGAGCACCCGCUGGCCAAUCCUGGUACUGCAACCCACAAGGCAGGUGAGUCCCACCACUAUUGGCGAGUCCAUUCCUGACAGUACCCCCCCCCCCUCAAGGAGCGGCCUCAGGACGCUCCAAACCGUCCUAAAUGGGCAAAAUGUUCCAUCGCCCGGAUCCGGUAAUUGGCGGAAUAUCAAGGACUGGCACAUCAGGCUGGACACCGGACGGAGGCACAUCAGGCUGGACACCGGACGGAGGCACAUCAGGCUGGACAUCGGACGGAGGCACAUCAGGCUGGACACCGGACACCAGGCACAUCAGGCGGAGCACGGGCACCAGGCACACCAGGCGGAGCAGCGGGGCACCAGGCCACAUCAGGCUGGAGCACCGGCACCAGGCCACCAGGCGGAGCAGCGGGCACCAGGCCACCAGGCGGAGCAGCCGGACACCGAG